UAUUAUUUGCUGGAAGCAGUCAUGUGACUGACUAACAUGGCGGGUAACACUAAGCACUAUACGAAGUCAUACACAUCUAAUUUAUAUUUUCGAACUCCUUUAUUACAAAGUACUUGUUUAAGCAACAAAGUUGGUUGUAAUGUAUACUUGAAGCUAGAGAAUGUGCAGCCAGCGGGCUCUUUUAAAAUUCGCGGUAUUGGAAACUGCUGUAAGAAGGCUUUAGAGAAAGGUUACACUAACAUUGUAUCAUCGUCAGGAGGCAAUGCCGGCUUGGCUGCAGCCUAUGCCGGGAGAAAGCUUAAAAUGCCCACAACUGUUGUUGUACCAGAAAUUACACCUGAUUUUACCAUCGAAAGAAUCAAAGAAGAAGGAGCAAAUGUUAUUGUAAAAGGAAAGGUUUGGGAUGAAGCAAACAUGCUAUUGAACUUUCCAAAAUUCCUGGUCACUUUCUUGUUCAUCCUUUUGACCAUGACGACAUUUGGUCACUGGUUAUGUCAUGGAUAAAUCCAAGGUAACACAUUAUAUCUUGACGGGUACAUGGGACAAAAAAAUUGAAUGUGCUGAAGUAUUUUAUAACAACAAUACUGAGGGUGGAAUGCCGAAACAGACAGCCCAAACUAGGGCACCGUUUACUUUAUGGAAGAUGAACGCUGUUCCUGCUGAUCGUGAACUUCAGUAUAAUUUUUCUGAUUUUGCGAUGUCGUUGAACGAGCCAGAUGAUUCAGUGGCUUUAACAGACUCGCGCUUCAGACCUGAUCAGCGGCUUAUGGAGCUAGGUAAAUGGGGCGAAGCCAACUCGGCCAAAGGUAGACUUGAGGAAAAACAGCGUGCAAAACGCCGUGAGCGUGAGGCUGAGGCUGAGUUAGCAAAGCGUGAAGGUCG